AUGGCUGGUUCAAUCGCUGACAACGCUACCUUAUACAAUGAGAAGAAGAAGGCUUUCACUUAUGUACCACCAUCACCUCCGGCUGAACUCAUCGAGUCUACAUCCUACACGUUAGACUUUACAGCUAGAAAAUUUAUAAUUGUCGGUAUCGAUCCAACAGAACAACUUCAAACAGUUGUUCUUUUAUUAACAUCGUCACGUUAUGUGAAAAUUAGUACAGAUUUUAUAAGACGGAUAUUCUCGCUUAUGGGUAACGUACUAUCUUUUAUAUUAGACACGCCGUAA